UCUUAGUUUUUGUUGUUUGUUGAUUUUAGUAAAAUUACUUGUAAUUAAUAUUAAAGACGAAAAAACAUGUUGCGUCGAACACUGCCGUCCUGCGCACGACCUUCUCUACUAUGCCGGCAUAUGUCUGUAGUAGCUAAAUCACUCAAGUACACACAACACGGCGAACCGCAGGAUGUGCUAAAACUGGUCGAGGAUAAACUCUCUGAUCCUACAGACAAGCAAGUUUUAGUCCAAAUUCUGGCAGCACCCAUUAAUCCCGCUGACAUUAACACUAUACAGGGCAAAUAUCCGGUGAAGCCAAAGUUUCCAGCUAUAGCCGGCAAUGAAUUUGUGGGCAAGGUUGUUUGUGUGGGCGAGCAGGUGACGAGCCUGCAACCUGGGACACAUGUGGUGCCGCUGGCUUCCGGCCUGGGCACCUGGACGACUCACGCCGUCUACAAAGAAGAGCAUUUGCUUGGCAUUUCCAAUAAAGUCGGCCUGGCAGAGGCGGCGACCAUCACUGUGAAUCCCUGCACCGCCUAUCGCAUGCUCAAGGACUUUGUGAAACUAUCGCCUGGCGAUACCGUCAUACAAAAUGGUGCCAACAGUGCCGUAGGUCAAGCUGUGCAUCAGCUCUGUCGCGCCUGGGGCAUCAACAGCGUGGGCAUUGUGCGCAAUCGUCCAGAGAUUGAUGAACUAAAGAAACUGUUGCACAGUCUAGGCGCCACCGCUGUGCUGACUGAGGAAGAGAUUCGCACCAGCGACAUAUUCAAGACGGGCAAAAUGAAGCGUCCCCAGCUGGCUCUCAACUGUGUGGGCGGCAAGAGUGCCACAGAGGUAUCGCGUCACUUGAACGAUCGCGGCGUUAUGGUCACCUAUGGAGGCAUGUCUCGGGAGCCAGUGACCGUUGCCACGGGACCACUUAUCUUUAAGGACAUUGCAUUCCGAGGCUUCUGGAUGACGCGCUGGUCCAAGGAGAACUACAAUGCACCGGAGCGCAAACAAAUGUUUCAGGAGCUUUGCAAGCUGAUGGAGGACGGCAAGUUCGUGGCGCCUACGCACGAGAUGGUUCCGCUGGAGAAGUUUAAGGAUGCAGCUGCUGCAGCGCUAAACUUUAAGGGCUUCACUGGCAAGAAAUUCAUAUUAGACAUGAGUAAAUGUUAAUUAAUUUUUAGUUGUGGACAAACAA